GUCAGGAAACCCACUCUAACCACCGCUGUUCCGCGAAGGUCACAUCUAAUGCAUGGGCUUGAAAUAUGGAAACAAACCCCUUCCCCACCACUCCCUGCGCACCCGCAAAAACGAACUUUAUAUAAAGACCAUUUGCUUAUGUCCAUUCCCAAACCUCUUUUGCAGCAUACGAGGGAAAAAGAACUUCAGAAAAGCAAUUUCUUCUAAAUGGGCUCUGAUCACUCCGGCAUCAACAAGUGCUUGUUACAAAGCGAGGCUCUACAGAAGUACAUUUUUGAGACGAAUGUCUAUCCAAGAGAGCAUAAGCUACUCAAGGAAUUGAGAGAAGAAACAGAAGCUAAGAUUCCUGGCAGGGCUUUGAUGAGUGUGCCACCUGAUGAAGGGCAACUUCUUUCUAUACUGAUCAAGGUGAUGAACGCCAAAAAAACCAUAGAGCUUGGUGUUUUUACUGGUUACUCCCUCCUGACUACGGCAUUGGCCUUACCCAAAGAUGGAAAGAUAACGGCGAUCGAUAUCGAUAGAUCAUACUAUGAGAUUGGCUUACCUUUCAUCCAGAAAGCUGGAGUGGAGAACAAGAUUGAAUUCGUUGAGUCUGAAGCUCUUCCUGCCCUUGACAAAUUGGUUGAGGAGGCAAAGGAAGAUGAUCUAUUUGAUUUUGCAUUUGUGGAUGCUGACAAGAUUAACUACCACAAAUACCAUGAAAGGUUGCUGAAGCUCGUCAAAGUUAAUGGUCUGAUUCUGUAUGAUAACACGCUCUGGUUCGGAACCGUUACCGGCUCACCGGACCCGAAGUAUCCAGAAUGGAUCAACCAUAGCCUGGAGAGCGUCAUCCGGCUAAACAAGGAGCUGGCGGCUGAUCCGAGGGUUGAGCUGGCGCAGGUCUGCAUUGGUGAUGGACUCACAAUUUGCAGGCGCCUAGGUUGAGCUAAUGUUAGGGGAAAUGAAAGUGCGGCAUUUAUUGCUUGUUGAUUUGUUGUUGUCUUUUCGUAGUCUGGAGAAUAACUGAUGAAAAUUUAUAUCAGAUGUCCAAUAACAGGGGCUUAUGUGGCGAUUUGGGCCCAUUGACAUAUACGGUUCGGGCCCAGGUUGCCACAUGGCAACCUGUUAUUGGACUCUUGAUGCAAAUUUGCAUCAGAUGUUCUGAUACAAUAAUUUUUCCCAAUAACGUUUGCUUGCUUCAAUAACAGUUCACGACAUUGGUGUUGUUGAUGACUUGUGUUGGUCUACAUGUUAUCUUUUGCCUAAGGGGUUGUUUGCUUGAUGCCAGUUACAACUAAUGUGCUCUAAUCUCCUCAAGUUCAUUGAGUUGCAAUAAUCUUUUCUCACCAGCAUCUU